AUGGUCACCGUGCACAAUGAUGAGAAGAAGGUCAACACUCAAGAGGGAUAUGUCCCUUCUUCGGAUGUUGAGAGUGGUACUAUACUCCCCGAGUACGACCAAAAUGGACCGGUCGAGUUUGAGGAAAAGAAGGACCUCAAGCGUGGACUGAACCAGAGGACUAUUCAGAUGAUUGCUCUUGCUGGAACCAUCGGAACCGGCUUGUUUCUGUCCUCCGGCAAGGCCAUCUCGAGAGCUGGUCCAUUGGGUGCUUUCCUCGGAUAUACCAUUGUUGGCUUUCUCUGCUCAGGAGUCGUCAUGUCCAUCUCAGAACUGAGUACUCUUGUUCCUCUUAGUGGAGGUGUCACUCGUCACGCCGAGUACUUUGUCGACCCUGCCUUAUCAUUUGCCAAUGGUUGGAACCAAGUAUACGCCAAUCUCAUCAGUGUCCCGGCCGAACUGUGUGCUGCUGCCGUCUUGUUCGAAUUCUGGACUUCAUCUGUUAGCAAUGGCGUUUGGAUCACCGUCCUCGGAGUCUUACUUAUUGCAACCAACAUUGCAUUCGUACGCGUCUACGGCGAGAUUGAAUUUACAUUCGCGACAUUGAAGAUCAUGCUCAUCAUUGGCGUCAAUAUAAUGGCGCUUAUAAUCACGUGUGGCGGUGGUCCCGAUCACAAGAGCAUUGGCUUCCAAUACUGGAGGAAUCCCGGUCCAUUCGUUCAAUAUUUGCACAUAGAAGGCUCUCUGGGUCGUUUCUUAGGCUUCUGGACCACCUUGAACAACGCCGUCUACUCGUACUCUGGAAUCCAAAACAUUUCGAUCGCGGCCUCCGAGACCCAGAACCCACGCAGAAACAUUCCCAAGGCGGCCAAGAGAAUCUUCGUGCGCGUUCUACUCUUCUACGUCCUCACUAUUUUCAUGGUUGGCCUUGUGGUGCCCUCCAACGAUAAGCACUUGUUGAAGUCUACCGGUACUGCUUCCCAAUCACCUUUUGUUAUUGCUGCCAAACGUGCUGGAAUCAAGGCCGUCCCAUCGAUUAUCAAUGCAGUCAUCUUGACUAGUGCCUGGAGCUCUGGCAAUUCUAGCAUGCUCGCUGGCUCUCGUAUCCUCUACGGCAUGGCAAGAGAGGGUCGCGCCCCCAAGAUCUUCAAGAAGACCAAUCGCUUCGGCAUUCCCUGGGUUGCCGUCGCUUUGUUCAGCGUCUUCUUAUGUCUCGCCUACUUGUCGCUGUCAAGUGGUGCUAACACUGCGUUUUCCUGGUUGCAAGACCUUGUUUCCGUGGCUGCCAUCAUCGAUUGGAUGGUCAUUUGCCUGGUCUACCUCCGCUUCUACUACAGCAUGAAGAAGCAAAACAUCUCCCGCAGCGAGCUUCCCUGGGCUGCACCCUUCCAACCAUACCUUGCAUGGAUUUCGCUCGUCGUCUUUGGUAUUCUGCUGUUGACUGGUGGUUAUGUCACCUUCAUCCAUGGACACUGGAACAUUGAGACUUUCUUCUCGAGUUACUUUAACAUUCCUCUGUUCUUGGUCUUGUACUUUGGAUACAAGUUCAUCAUGAAGACGAGCAUUGUUCCUCUGGAUGCAUUGCCCAUUCGCCAUUUCAUCGAUAUUGCGAAUGCUAAUCCUGAGGCUCCUGAGCCGCCAAAGCAGGGAUGGCACAAGUACAACUUCCUGUGGGAGUAG